UCUCAAAAUACACUCUAGUUCAUUAUUACAACCUCGCUGCAAAACACAUUUCCUUCCCAAUUAAUGGACACUACGUGCGAAGUGGUUUUCCCCAUGACCCCCAAGACAUGAUCACCCGAUAAUAUGAGCCUGAAUCAACAGCCACCCCCCGAUAGCACCGGACAAAGUCUUGGCUACGAUCCAAAAUCUUCCAAACGCAACAGUGGUCUAUUUUCCUUCUUGAAAUGGUUCAAGCCCUCCACAUCCCGUGAGUCCAUAGACGCGGAUGUGCAGGUAUCCGAGUCGAGCAGCAGCAGCAGCCUGAAUUCCGUGCAUAGUGCGGGGACAGUGGCGUCUUUUUCUUUCGUGCAUCCUAGUGCCUACGAGAAAUGCGUGUCUGAAAAGUGCAUCGCCUUGGGACCGGAAACCGACACCUACAAGGCCAGGCUCAAACAAAGAGACAAGCGCAGAGAGAAUGACAAGAAUCUGACGCUCAGGAAGAAGUACAACUUGUUCUUCAAUCGAGACACCUUCUUGAAACCCAAACAGCCUGAACCCGACGAAGAAAAUACUAAGAGCUUGCCCCUCAUGACCCGUACGACGAUGGAGAUCGAAGAGGACCUUAAGGUCCAUCGCAGAACUAAUAGUGAGUCUUCUAAAAUUAAAAAAUCCGGGGCUUACUUACACGUUAAGGGUAAAAGGAAAGCCCCGCAACCCCCUGGGCUUAAAGACGGUCUUUCCACGACGAGUUUGCGGAGAAAGAAACGUGUCGCCCCCACACCACCACCAGUAACUCCAGAGAAAGUAGUAAACACCCUACAGAAAAUCAAUAAAAUUGAAGCGAUACAUGCGAAUGAAGAAAUAAUAUGCAACGAUUCCUUAAAAUUAGAUCACGGCAUUCUCAAACCCGCUAAAGACAUGGAUAAUUUGAAACUCUCUCCGGACGGAAAUAGCUCGAACGUUACAAAUUCCCCAACUACAUCGGCAAGGUCAAGCUGUGUAGAAGCUCCCGUGUCCCCCAGACCUUGGUACAAAAGGAAUACCAGUCGAGAAAGCAUCGCUAGCACCAAAAAGGAGCACAAGUACGAGCAGAUCGAACGCCUGCCAGACGUGCCCUUCAUGAGGAACUCCGUAUUGGACUUAACCCUAGACGAAGCCAAGCCGGAAAAAAAGAAAGAGGAGAAAAGGAAAUCCGGCAUGUCUUUCCUCACCAACAUCAGCGAAUUAGACAGAGAGGCGUCCGAGAUAAUAAAAAAUAAAGAACUGGAAAAGAACGGGUUCGGUGACAUUCAGGAAAUGCCGGAGUUUAUGCGUCCCAAAGAUACGAAAAUAAAUACGGACAGUUGGGUCUCGCCGAAGCGACGGUCGGCCAGAGACCUGAUAGCUAAAUUCAAUGCUAUCACAAACGUUACUAAAGUGACUGUGAACUCGGCGUUUUUUGGGGCUUCCCAGAAGGAAUCAAAGCUUUUCGGGAAGCAAGCGAGUUUGGAUGAGACUAGGCGUCGACAGGAAUCCCUUCUGGAGUCACACAAGAAAAGGCUGGAGGAGAUCGACAAGAAAAAUUCCCCACUUAUGAAAUCCGAGAGCGCUAACGCUAUCAAAGCGAAACCCGAGACACCAAAACUGGAGAGAAAGAGUUGGAAGUGUCCCAAGUGCAAUUUGGAAAAUGAAUACUGGAGAAUCAUCUGCCACGUGUGCUCUGCCAUCAAACCAUAUUUCGACGACUUUUCUUCUGGUAAAACUGAGAAUAAAAUUGAAAUUAAAAUGUCCAGUCCUCUCGCCAUUAAACGAGAAAAGACCCCUCCCAAGAAACCAGAGAUGAACAUGGAAAGAUCCAAAACACAAAUUGGUUUCUCAGCUUUGGCUUCCUACAACGCCAACAAUAAGAAUAAAUUAGAAAAAGUCUCAGUAGAGGAAAAGUCGCAGGUAGACACCGACAUUAAAAAAAUCGAAAGAGAAAAGCUCAAGAAAAUGUUGAUCGAAAUGAAGAAUUCCUUACCGAAACGAAAAUCAAACAUCAUGAUGAAGCAGAACAGUAGAACCAGCGUAAUUGUGGAAAAUCCUGAGAGCACAGAAGUGGAAAUAAAUGCAAAUCCGGAACAAAUACAUCCCAAAGAACUGAAAGACAUACCUUCAAACACUGACGUUCUUCCAGAGAAAAAUUCUGAUAUUCCAGAAAAAACUCAGGAAGAAAAGGUGGCCGAGAUACUGAUCGGUACAACACAGACGAUAUACGAAAACAUUAAAGUGAGAAAAACCGACAAUCCAAAGCCUAUAAAAGUCUCGGCGGAAGCUCAAACUAGUGGAGCGACCAAGCAAAUCGUUCCACCCUUAACUAUAUCAAAUUUGGUGAAAGAAGAAUCGAAGAAAAACAACUAUGAACUGAUGAGACCCAAAGACUUCGAAGAUAUUUACGCGGACAACAACGGAAAAUCCGCCGUCAGGAUCUAUGCGAAUCUAGCAAGAAACGACGAGUUAUCUCUGUUCUUCAACAUGCCCAAGAACUUCAAUAAUAUCAAGAACAACAUCGGACAGGCCCAAGGCGUUAGUAAAACUGAUACUAUCGAAAUCAACAGGCUGUUGAGGAGACUCGAAACUUCGAUCGCUAAGGGAGAGUUGACGGAAGCAGCGAGUUUUGCCAAAGAAUUGGCCCAGCUGAAGGUGAAUUGUUCCGUUAUCAGGCAGAAACCGCAGACAGCAAAGUCCGAUGAUAAAAGGAAAGGUUUCCAAAUUGAGAUGUACGUGGAAGAUAAGGUCUCCCACAGGGGACCUUUUCCAAUAGAGGUGACGGCUGAUCAAACCGUGGCAGACCUGAAGACGCAGAUCGAAAAGGAGUUCGAGAUACCCGCUGACUACCAGAAAUGGAUUUUGGGCAAGGAAUUGGUAACUAAUGAAAACUCGACGCUGAAGGAAUAUAAUGUUACGACGGAAGGGUGUCCAGUUUUCCUUUAUUUGGUAGCUCCAGAUCCAAAAAGUAAAACUGAAAAACCCAAAUCACCAAAAAUCGAAGAAAAAAAGAAUCCUCCAUCGACAUCACAGAUCGCUGUUCCUUCAUUGAGUGAAUCAGUGAAAGAAGAUAAACCACCUAAGCCGACCGCAGAUGAAGAAAUAGAAAAAAUGAAAAUGAAUGUUCAGAACUUACAAAAGAAGCUGAAAGAAAGCAAAAGCGAAGGGAAAAAAAUUGAAAUCCAACAGCAAAAAUUGUGUUCGCCGUUUACAAAACUAACAAGUGACAAACCAAACGACAGUAAAAACGAGGUGAAAAAAAUUGAAAUCCAGUCGCAAAAAUUGGGUUCUCCAUCCACAAAACCAAUAAGUCAAAUACCUGUUCUGCCUGCAAAAGCUGUUAGUCAACCUACAAAUCCUGUACUGCAAGCUACACCCUCUAAAUCAGUGGCAAAAACGAUAGUUCAGUCGGCCAGUUCGUCAUCACCUGUAAAACAAUUAAAAACUCCAGUCACCAUACAACAACCACCUGUAGUGAUAGACCACACUCCAAAAAUUAUAAACGUCAUACCAAAAUUAGCGGAAAGUAGACCAAAGACUGAAAUUAUCAUACCUAUUACUGUUGAGGAAAAGUCAGCUAAACCAGAAGCCAAAUCGAAACGGGUCGAAAAACCGAUAUCUGUAACCGAAAUCAAAAUAGAAGAAAAACAAAUCCAGCCUACGCCAAAAUUCCAAAUCAGAGACUUUAAGGGCGGCGAUUUUGCUUUUCCAAAAGCACGAAGUCCGCCAAAAUCGGGUAACAAUGUCACUAAACAAGACGCUUCAAAGGUAGAAAAAACGGAACCGAAAAAUUCUGUCGCACCAGUGCAGAGACCGCAGCGAAAAGCUGAAAACAAGGAAGCGCCCAAAGCGAAAGAGGAGGACAUGGAAGAUUACGACUCCAAGACCUUAAAACCGGCGAAAGAAUGGGAAUGCCACCUAUGCACGUUACUGAAUCCGGUUUCCAGCAACAUAUGCGCGGUUUGCGCUACCGUUCGCCUCGCCAAAGCUCAACCUCCGAAGAGGUCGCCGAAGAAGAAAGCUCCACAACCAAACGGUGGCGAGGCGUCUGCAAGCAAAGACCAAACGUAUCUGCAGCUGGUGAACUUGGACAACGCUGACUUGGUGGAGAACGUAGAACCCUUCGAGUGCGUCGUUUGCUUUCUAGAAAUACCACCACGCGAAGGGAUAACCCUUCGAGAAUGUCUCCACCAAUUCUGCAAGGCCUGUUUGGCGCACACGAUAGAGUAUAACGAGGAGGCGGAGGUGAAGUGUCCGUACAGAGACGACGACUAUUCUUGCAACAUCGCCCUUCAGGACAGGGAGAUAAAGGCAUUGGUUUCUCCCGCCGUCUACGAGCAACAUCUGGCCAAGUCCGUGGCGCAGGCUGAGAAUAAGAUGGACAAGUCGUUCCACUGCAAAACGCCAGACUGCAAAGGCUGGUGCGUGUUCGAGGACAAUGUGAAUGAGUUUAGAUGCCCCGUGUGUAGGAAAACGAACUGCUUGACGUGUCAGGCCAUCCACAUGGGCGUGAACUGCAAGCAGUACCAAGAGAGGAUGAAGGAGGAAUCCGAAAUCGACGAGGACGCGAGAAGGACCAGGACGAUGCUGAACGAAAUGGUGGAGAGGGGCGAAGCCAUCGAAUGUCCUACCUGUAAAGUGAUCUUGAUGAAGAAAUGGGGCUGUGAUUGGUUAAGGUGCUCAAUGUGCAAAACUGAAAUAUGCUGGGUGACGCGAGGACCCCGUUGGGGACCCGCGGGCAAGGGCGACACUUCCGGCGGGUGCCAGUGCGGGGUCAACGGCGUCAAGUGUCACCCCAAGUGCAACUACUGUCAUUGAUCUUUUACUACUUUAAUCUGGUUUUUCUUGUUUUUUAUACUCAGGGUGAUUCAUUAUAAGUGCGUAUUGCGGGUGGAGGUUCCUUAAAAAAAUACGUAACAAAAAAAGAGAUAAAAGGUGUUGAAAUUUUUCUUAAAAAGUGUUUUUUUUUAUUAAUACCAGAAAAACUAUUCUUCCAAUUUUAUAGAAACCAUUUAUUUGCAACAAUAAAGUAUUAUACUUAAUGCAACUAGAUUUUAUUUAUUUAUUCCAGUGACGUCCCGAAGGGCAACCUACAACAUACAGAUAUUAAUACCAACAAAAAUAUGCCAUUCCACAGCAAAAUAAAUAUUAACCUUAAUAAAAAGCAGUGGUGUGCCAUAUUUCUUGCUAUUAAUAUUCCCUGGGUUGCCUUAUGGGGCGCCACUACAAUAAAUAAAUAAACAGUAAAAGAUCCGUUUUAUUAUUGUAAACAAACCUGCAUGGUUCCAAUAAAAUCGGAAAAAGAGCUUUACUGAUAUCAAUAAAAAUCAGAUCAACACUCUGUAUCUCGAAAACGAGCGUUUCCAUUCACCUGUUUACAAGAACUUUUUUCUUAUUUUUUUUUUUUAUAAAAGCAUCACCUACAUUUUUCCGCAAUAUUAAUGAAUCGCCCUGUAAAUUUCUAUAUUGAUCACCGGGUAUUCAAGCUUCUUGCAAAUUAGUUUUUAGCUAGAUACAAGCAACGUAUUUAUUGAAAAUUAUGAAAAAAUACUCAUAC